AUGACCUGUUCUUCCUGUUCUCAACAAGACCUGACUUCACUUCGGAUCCGAUGCUGGGUGGUGGCUGCCAGCUCUGCCCCUUCUGAGAUGCAGGAGAAGAAGCCGCUGAAGCCCUGCUGUGCCUGCCCGGACACCAAGAAGGUACCCAAUGUGUGCAUCCUUGAAAAAGGAGGAGAACACUGUGGACAUCUAAUUGAGGCCCACAAGGAGUGCAUGAGAGCCCUGGAAUUUAAGAUAUGAAAUGAUGGUUUGCUUUGUGAAUAAUUCCUGAAGAAUGAAGAUGAUUUAAUAAUUUG